UAUUUGUGUGUACGCCCACGCACAUUUUCGCCCGGCUUUCGACACAUUCAGACAGUCGGACUCGACCGCUUGGGAAAUUGCUAGGAGUUCUCCAGCGAUGGCAGCAUUUAGGAGCAACCUGGUCAACAAGCAGUACAACUCUCCAAUACGACUUUACUCACCCAUGGUUGUCGCGGAGACGUUGGAAAAGCAGAAGCAGGUCCUUGCCAACGGCGCAGUCGGAAUCGACUUUCACAACUUGGCCAAACCAGGAAACCUGGCGAAUUCGGCUGUACUGAGGAUGCUGGAGGAGGAAGAGCGAAGCGGACGACAACAAGGACUGAAACGCGUCGCCUGGCCGCCUCCUCCGGAAGAGUCGUACGAACAGGAGUCCGCUGAGGUCCAGGAGCCGUUAUACUCUCAAAGGCCCCACCAAUAUCAGCAGCAGCAAUUUCCUCAGCAGUCAUACCAGCAGCAGCAGUUCCAGAAGCAGGAGCCGCAGUUCCACCCGCAACAGCAGCCGUUUAAUCAACCGGAGAACCAAUACCAACAGCAGCCUUUCUCUCCCGUAAAGCCCGUCGCCCCGCCAACCCCUAGGCAAGACCAUCAGCCGGCCGGCUACACCCCGCAGCAGCACGCGGUCUUUCAUCCGGUCCGUUUCGAGCCGCCAAGGGCGACUGUGACUCUCAGGCCUUCACCUCCGCUCUCCCAGGCGCCAUCGCCCGUUUACGCAGCACAACCGGUUGCAGUAAGCAUCAAAGGAGGCGAAAGGAUGAGGGGAGAUCAGAAAUGGCCGCCGGAAAGCGUGAAGCAACAGAGCGCCGCUGAAAACGAAGCCAGGCUCGCCCUCGCCAAAGGGCCCGCCUGCAGACCUAGGAAAGUCAAAAAGGACUACAGCUCGUUCUUCGCUCAACACGCUCUCAAUUCCACCUACCCCGGCUACAGACCUCCUCCCGGCACCCAGCACUACAGCGAAGGAACAUCCGACCUGUGAUUUAAUAACGACUCGUAUACAUGUAUAUUACGUCGGAUUCGUGUAAUCGCCUAAAUUUUCCAAUUUACGUCUGCUUUUGUUUCAUAGUUCCAAACCCAAAACGUUCGAUGAGGGAACAGUUCGCCCUCUUUCAAAACAAUUUUACAGAGACAUCAAUAAUUUAUAUUUGCCGAGAUCACACGAAUUCGACGUCAAAUCUGUAUAAGAUAUUUGCGCUUGAAACCGAUGCUUAUACGUUCGAACUAAAAAAAAUAUCUAUGAAAAUUCCUGCUUUGCGAAAUUAUUUGUAACUUCUUACCAGGAAAAAUUCCGUUUAUUUUUAUAUUUUUUAUAAAGAAUUUUCCUUUUCUGAAACAAUUGGAACCUCUUUCUUUCCUCCGUCAACCCUCUUUUAAAAACUUAUCCUUUUAUUCAUAUGUACUAAUAGAAGUGUUUACAACGAAAUACGAGAAAAAAAA